AUGACCCGGGACUCGGUGCUCUUACGCUGCGCCCUGACGCUCUGUUUGGCGCUGCUCUCGGCCAACGCAAGCAACUGGCUAUAUCUCGCCAAACUCUCGUCCGUGGGAAGCAUCAGGGACGAAGAGACGUGCGAGAGGCUGCGAGGACUCAUCCAGAGACAGGUGCAGAUAUGUAAACGUAACCUGGAGGUGAUGGACGCGGUGAGGCGCGGCGCUCAGCUCGCCAUCGACGAGUGCCAGUACCAGUUCAGGAGCCGGCGCUGGAACUGCUCCACCCUGGAGAGCAUGCCGGUGUUCGGGAAGGUGGUCACACAAGGAACUCGAGAGGCAGCCUUUGUGUACGCCAUCUCUGCAGCCAGUGUGGCGUUUGCGGUCACCAGAGCCUGCAGCAGUGGGGAGCUGGAAAAAUGCGGCUGUGACCACAAUGUGCAUGGAGUCAGUCCAGAGGGGUUCCAGUGGUCCGGCUGCAGUGACAACAUAGCGUAUGGCGUGGCGUUCUCUCAGUCCUUCGUGGACGUGAGGGAGCGAGGCAAAGGCCAGUCGUCCAGUCGAGCUCUCAUGAACCUGCACAACAACGAGGCCGGCAGGAAGGCCAUCCUGUCGCACAUGAGAGUGGAAUGCAAAUGUCACGGCGUGUCCGGCUCCUGCGAGGUGAAGACCUGCUGGAGGGCCAUGCCGCCGUUCCGGAAAGUGGGCAACGUCAUCAAAGAGAAGUUCGACGGAGCCACGGAGGUCGAGCAGCGCAAGCUAGGCUCCACCAAGGUCCUGAUGCCGCGAAACUCCCAGUUCAAACCUCACACCGACGAGGACCUGGUGUACCUCGACCCCAGUCCGGACUUCUGCGACCACGACCCGCGGACCCCGGGAAUGCUGGGGACGGUGGGGCGCCAGUGCAAUCGGACGUCCAAAGCCAUCGACGGCUGCGAACUGAUGUGCUGUGGGCGGGGCUUUCAGACUCAGGAGGUGGAGGUGGUGGACCGCUGCAGCUGCAAGUUCCACUGGUGCUGCUACGUCAAGUGCAAACAGUGCCGCAAAAUGGUGGAGAUUCACACAUGUCGGUGA